CAAAGACAAAAUGCCAGGUGUUUCCGUCAGAGACGUUCCAGCUCAAGAAUUCAUCAACGCUUACGCUCAAUUCUUGCAAAGACAAGGUAAGUUGGAAGUUCCAGGUUACGUUGACAUUGUCAAGACUUCUGCCGGUAAUGAAUUGCCACCACAAGAAGCCGAAACUUGGUUCUACAAGAGAGCCGCUUCUGUUGCUAGACACAUCUACUUGAGAAAGCAAGUUGGUGUCGGUGCCUUGAACAAGUUGUACGGUGGUGCUAUCAACAGAGGUUUCAGACCACACAAGCACGUUGACGCUUCUGGUUCCAUCAACAGAAAGGUUGUCCAAGCUUUGCAAAAGAUUGGCGUCUUAGAAAUCUCUCCAAAGGGUGGUAGAAGAAUCUCUGAAAACGGUCAAAGAGAUUUGGAUCGUAUCGCCGCUCAAACCUUGGAAGAUGACGAAUAAAUUAUUUAGCAUGGUUUUAAUGGUGUUGUAAAAUAUACAUAUAAAUAAUAUUAAUUCAGGGCGUAACGCUUGUGUUGCACAAUAAAUGUUAACAUAG